AUGUCGGCCCUAGCAACGAGCCAAGAUACCAGAUGCACCCCUAAUAUCAGCAACGACGCGUUCUGCAUGACCACUGCAAAGCGGCACAGGCCGAGCAAUACCAUCAGGCCAAGAAUCGCGUGGGCCGACACGACCAUGACAACAAACCCCCUCAUGGUUAUCCAUCCGCCACCAUAUUUAAACAACAGUGCUGAGAUCUGCCGAUCUAGCAGGAACGACAUUGCUGGUAUCAGGCCGCCUCGUAGAGGAAGCAUGGUCAUGGCCCUCGUCUUUACUCCUCGUGACAAGGAACGCCGGGAUGAGAAGUAG